UCUCACACAUGUGGCAGUGGCUCCUCAUUUCAGAGAAAACAAAGCUCAGUCUCUCUUUCUCUCUCUGUGUGUGAGUUCAAGAAAAUGGCCGAAGCCAGUAUUUCAAUAGAUCAGGACCAGUUCCUCUGUUCAGUGUGUCUGGAUCUACUGAAGGAGCCAGUGACGAUCCACUGUGGUCACAGUUUCUGUAAGGUGUGCAUUAAUGACUGGUGGGAUCAGGAUGAUAAGAGCGGAGUUUAUCGCUGUCCUCAGUGCAGAGACACUUUCACACCAAGGCCUGUUCUACGCAGAAACAACAUAUUGGAUGAAGUGGUGGAGAAACUGAAGAAGAAGGCUGAAGUCCAAGCUGCUUCUCCUGCUCCCUGUUACGCUGGACCUGGAGAUGUGGAGUGUGAUUUCUGCACCGGGAGAAAACACAAAGCCGUCAAGUCCUGUCUGAUGUGUCUGGCCUCCUUUUGUGAAACUCAUCUGAAACCUCACUAUGAAGUUCCUUCCUGGAAAAAGCACAAGUUAAUCGAAGCUUCUGGAAAUCUCCAAGAGAAGAUCUGCUCUGAGCAUGAUGAAGUGUUGAAGCUCUACUGUCGUACUGACCAAAGCUUCAUCUGUUAUCUGUGUAUGACGGAUGAACACAAAAGCCACGACACCGUCUCAAUUAAAGCAUACAGAAGUGAAAAACAGAGUGAGUUAAAGGAGGAGCAGAUGAUAUCCCAGCAGAGAAUCCAGGAGAAGCAGAAGGUGCUGCAGGAGCUGAAACAGGCUGUGAACACUAUAAAGCUCAGUGCACAGAGAGCAGUGGAGGACAAUGAGAGGAUCUUUACUGAGCUGAUCAGCUCCAUGGAGAAAAAGCGCUCGGAUGUGACGGAGCUGAUCAGCUCCUUGGAGAAAAAGCGCUCGGAGGUGAUGAAGCUGAUCAGAGAUCAGGAGAAGGCUGAACUGAGUCGAGCUGAACUGAUCCAGUUGCUCCUGGAGUCGGAGAUUGAUGAUCUUCAGAGGAGAGUCACUGAGCUGGAGCAGCUUUCACACACACACGAUCACAUCCAUUUCCUCCAGAGUUUCCAGUCUCUCUCUGUCUUUUCUGGAUGUGAGGACUCACCCAGCAUCACUGUCAAUCAUCAUCUCUCAUUUUAUGGAGUGAGGAAAUCUGUCUCUGAUCUGAAAAAGAGCCUCGAGGAAUUUUGCCAGGAGGAACUCGUCAAAAUCCCUGAACAUGUUGAAGACGUUCAGAUUUUACUCUCGGAGCCAAAGAGCAGAGACGAGUUUCUGAAAUAUUUCUGUGAUCUGACUCUGGAUCCCAACACAGUAAAUUAUCGCCUCUUUCUGUCUGAGAAGAACAGAGUGGUGACGUUCACUGAGAGAUAUCAGCCGCACUCUGAUCAUCCAGAGAGAUUUGACACCUACUGGCAGGUGUUGUGUAAGGAGAGUGUGUGUGGACGCUGUUACUGGGAGGUGGAGUGGCGCGCUAAGGGAUGUGUGUACAUAUCAGUCUCGUAUAAAGACAUCAGCAGGAAAGGAGGGGUUAAUGACGGUGGGUUUGGAAGCAACAAUCGGUCCUGGAGUUUGUGCUGUUCUUCUUCUUCGUCUCUCUUUUUCUUUCACAACAGCAUUGCGACUGAUCUCAGAGUUCCAUCCCCCUCCAGAAUAGGAGUGUAUGUGGAUCACAGUGCAGGAACUCUGUCCUUCUACAGCGUCUCUGACGCGAUGAAGCUCCUCCACAGAGUCCACACCACAUUCACUCAGCCUCUAUAUGCUGGGUUCUGGCUCUACUGGUGUAAAUCAGGGUCAACUGUGAGGUUGUGUGAUCCAAAAAAAUAAUAAGUUUUUGGUGUUUUCGUCAUUAAAAUCAUUAAAAACACUGUUAAAACUCUGCAUUUCGCCUCAGUCUAGAAUCAUCAGUUACAGAUAUAAAGGAAAUUAAAUUGUAAGAUCUGAAUGUACGGCCAAUAAAAUAUAAAAUCUCUACUGAUUUCUGAAAUUAGUGCAGCAAAAUGCCUGAACUUUCUCUAAAGUCUGCAUUUAUUGGGUUUUAUGUUUGUAAAUAUAAUUUGUAAUUUGGUAAUAAUGCUUUGGUUAAAAUGUUUACUGACUCUAAUAAACCCUUAAAAUGUGGAUGUUUCGCUCAGAAAUAUUUCAUUCCUAAUGGCCUGUUUUAGUCCUCAGAGAAAUCUGGUGUUUUCACGUGAUGCGUAUGAGUAGUGAGUGUAACCUAUUUUUGUAGUUAUUGCCCAAAACCUCCACACAGUAAGUGAGAUAUGGAAGAACUAGUGAACAGUAAAGAAUGUGGAGUGCUUUAUGAUCCAAAACCUGCUUUGCUCUGUUUAAUACUGCAAUGCUCCUUAAAAGGUUUUUGUUUUUUUGCACAUGUUUAAUGUGUGAAUUCCAGCUAAUUUGAUAAUCUAUUAUCACCCCAAGAAAUCUGGUUUCAUUUAGUUUUUUUCAAUAUCAACACCAUCCAGUGAAACUUUUAUCUGUAUAUUACUUCUCCAGUUUCCAAAAUGCAUUAUUUUUGCUUUAGUUAAAUUUAAGGAUAAUUUGUUUGCAUCAAACCAUAUAAAUUUAAAUUUAUUCAAUUGUCAUGACGUCUUGUUAGUUUUUGUAAAUCAGUACCAGAGCAGAACAGAUUUGUGUCAUCAGCAAAUAAAAUGGUUUUUAAUACUUUUAGGUCCCAGCACUGACCCCUGGGGGACACCACAAGUAAUGUCCAAACAUUCUGAACAAUAAACCCCCAGCUGCACAAACUGUUUUGCCCUGAAUCCAUACUGAUCGUCUAUGAGUAGUUUGUCUUUAUCAAUUAAUUUAUCCAGACGGCUAUUGAAAAGCUUUUCAAGAAUUGUGGAAGUAAAGAGACAGGUCUAAUUUGUGAAGUGGUCUGAGUUUCCAGAUUUAUACAGAGGAAUAACUUUUGCUAUUUUCAUUUUCUUUGGGACUGUACCAGACCUGAAUGAUAAGUUACAAAUGUAAGUUAACAGUUUUGAAAUGCCCUCAAUUACCCUUUUUACUACAGUCACAUCAAUAUCGUCACAGUCCGAAGAUUAUUUGCUUUUCCAUUUUAUGACAGGAUCUAUAAUUUAUUUUUCUUUCACUGCUGUAACAAACAUUGAGCUUAGAUUUCUAUCAAUGAAGUUAUCCUUCCAUCCACCUGAUGAUGCUGGAUCAGGGAUUUUACCUGCUAGAUCAGGUCCAGCAUUGACAAAGAAUUUAUUGAAAUUAUUGACAGCAUCAUUCAUAUUCUAAUUUUCUUUGUUGUCCACAUAAACAUAUUUUGAGUAAUUAUCU